AUGGCCUGGGACUCCUUGUGCAGCAGGGACUUACGACGCCCCAAGAUAAGAAGUGCCUCAAGCUGGACAUCUGGGAGUCAGAGCAGUGCUGGGACACCAUCCCUGGAGGAGCUGCGACGCCUGCUCUGCAUACGUACACACCCCACAGGGCACGUGGAUGAAGUCUGGCCAAACCUUUAUGUGGGAGACCUGUACAUUGCUCGUGACAAAGAGCAGCUGAGCCGAAUGGGCAUCUCCCACGUUGUGAACGCUGCUGCAGGGCGAUUUCGCAUUGACACUGGACCCAAGUUUUAUCAUGACUUGCCUGUGGAUUACUAUGGAAUAGAAGCAGAGGACAACCCAAGCUUUGAUCUCAGCAUUUACUUCUACCCAGUUGCCGAGUACAUCAGAGCAGCACUGAAUUCCCCAAGAGGCAAAGUACUGGUUCACUGUGCCAUGGGGAUCAGUCGAUCUGCAACUCUUGUCCUUGCUUUCCUAAUGAUCUGCGAAGGUAUGUCCCUCACCAAUGCAAUUCAGACUGUGCGCUCACACAGAGGGAUCUGCCCCAACUCUGGCUUCCUCAAGCAGCUUCAGGAGUUGGACCUCCGGUUAGGAAGAAGGACAGGCAGAGGAGCAGAGGCCUGCUAG